AACCAAACAGGCGCUUACGAUAUGACCUGGUAUUUGUACUCCUGAACGUUUACCCCCAGAGAAAUGAAAACUUAAUUCAGACAAACAUAUGUACAUGACUGUUCAUAGCAGUUUUACUUGUAAUAGUCAAAAUCUGUAAGUAACCCAAAAUAGCUUCAACAAGUGGCCAAAACAGUAUUCUAUUUAUACCAUGAAUACUUACUACUCUCCAAUAAAAUGGAAUGACCUAUUCCUGCAGUGACAAGUGAAUUUCAAGAAAAUUACGCUGAGUGAAAAUACAAUCUCAAAAGGUGGUAUUCUGUAUGAUUCUACUUAUAUAAUAUUCUAAAAUGACAAAACUAUAUAGAGAUGAAAGACAGAUUAGUGGUUGCCAGAGGUUGGGGAUGGUGGGAGGGGGCAGGAGGGAGAGAGAGGGGUAGCACUUAGGAAGGUCUUUGUGAUGUUGGAACAGUUACGUAUCUUGAUUGUGGUAGUGGUUACACAAAUACAUGUGAUAAAAUGAGGUAGAAGUCUACACAAACAUUGUACCAGUGUCAACUUCCUGAUUUUUAUAUUAAAUGAUAAUUAUGUAAAUUGUACCUGUUGAGGGAAACUGGGAGAAGGGUAUUUUUCCAACUUCCUGUGAAUUGUUAAAUUCAAAGUAAAAGGUAAAACAAGACCCUAAAAAAGCCAUAACCAAAUGCAGUGUGAAACCGAUUUGAAAACAAAAUGAUGAAAAUACAUAUUUUAGGGUAGCUGGGGAGAUUUGAAUAUGACUGGAUAUUAGAUGAUAUUAGGAAAUUGUUAGUUUUCUUACCAUUAUGUAAUGGUAUUAUAAUGUUUGGAGAAUAUUAUUAUUAAAGGAUGCAUUUUGAAGAGUUUGGAAUGAAGUGGUUUGAUGUUUACAACUUUCAAAAAAAUAUUUUUCAGUAUAUAUAUAGAGAGAAGGAAAACGUAGUCAAGUGUUGAGUCCAGAUGUAGGAUACAGGUAUUCAUGGUACCAUUCUUUCACCUUUUCUGUACCGUUUGUAUUUUCAAAAUAAAACGUUUGAGGCAAAAUUGUCAGGGCUUUCUACAGACAAAUGCUUUCUGGCUUCAGGCUCCUGCGUAUGCGCCUCGCGUAACUACUACCAAGUCAGGGGAUGUACCCUUCCCUGAAGCUCAGGGCCACAGUACACCUGCACCCUCCUAAACACUUUUGCUCCCAUCCCUGGUCCGCAGCGAUAUUGGACACCCAUCGAGAAGACAGCACCUCCGAGGUUCCCAGAGAGGCCGGCCUGGCGACUUGGGAAGCCGGAAGUCCGUCUCGAGGCACUUCCUGUCCGCUCAUUGUUCUCGCGCCGGCAGGCGCAGGACGUCGGAUUCUGCCGGCCUUUCGGCAUAGAGCCCGUGACCUCCGGCCGGCGUCUUCUAUGAACACGUAGACAGUCUUGGCCCUGGGAAGAAACUCAAGAAGAAGCUUUUGAAACUUAAAGAUUAGAUGGGGCUUGACCUCUGCUGGGCAGCCCCCAGCUGUAAGAGUUCCUGUCCUGAGCAAAGAAGAUGACUGCACAACUGAGAGAGGCCAUGGCCUUAGCCCCCUGGGGCUCAGUGACAGUGAAAAAGGAGGAGGAAGAGGAAGAAAACUUCCUAGGUCAGGCAUCCAGCCAACAAGUGCAUUCUGAGAACACCAAAGUCUGGGCUCCUGGGGAAGGUCCUCAGACAGGCCUUGAUAUAUCAGAACAGGAGGAAAAGAGUCCAAACAUGUUCUGGGAUAUGGCUGUCAUCCUGAAAGCAACACAGGAGGCACCUGCUGCCUCAGCCAUUGGCAGCUACUCAUUACCAGGGACUCUGGCCAAGAGUGAAAUACUGGAGACUCAUGGGAUUAUGACCUCUCUAGGUGCUGAAACCAAGAAGCCACAGUUACUGGUUCCAAAAACUGAGAUAUGUGAUGAAGCAGAAAAACCGUUCAUAAAAUCAGGAAGAAUCCAGAAAGUUAAUCCUCAAGGACCUGAGUUAGGAGAAGCCUGUGAAAAAGGGAACAUGUUAAAGAGGCAGACAAUUAAGAGGGAAAAGAAAGAUUUCAGACAUGUGACAGUAAAGGACUGUCAUGUACCUGAAAGCUUCAAAGUAGAGGAAGAUCAGAAAUGUCAGAAAUCUGGGGAAAGAUAUAGCUUUAGUUCUAGCUCUGUUAAAAAUCAGAAAAGCCAGCCUGGACAGAAACCUUUUACAUGUAGUGUAUGUGGGAAAGGCUUUAGUCAGAGUGCAAACCUCGUAGUGCAUCAGCGAAUCCACACAGGGGAGAAGCCCUUCGAAUGUCAUGAGUGUGGGAAAGCCUUCAUUCAGAGUGCAAACCUUGUUGUACAUCAGCGAAUCCACACUGGACAGAAACCAUAUGUUUGUUCAAAAUGUGGGAAAGCCUUCACUCAGAGUUCAAAUCUGACCGUACAUCAAAAAAUCCACUCCUUAGAAAAAACCUUUAAGUGCAGUGAAUGUGAGAAAGCCUUCAGUUAUAGCUCACAACUUGCUCGGCACCAGAAAGUUCACAUUACCGAAAAAUGCUAUGAAUGUAAUGAGUGUGGGAAAACAUUUACUCGGAGCUCAAACCUCAUUGUCCACCAGAGGAUCCACACUGGGGAGAAGCCCUUUGCCUGUAAUGAUUGUGGCAAAGCCUUCACCCAGAGUGCAAAUCUUAUUGUACAUCAACGAAGCCAUACUGGUGAAAAGCCAUAUGAGUGUAAAGAGUGUGGAAAAGCCUUUAGUUGUUUUUCACACCUUAUUGUGCACCAGAGAAUUCACACUGCGGAGAAACCUUACGAUUGCAGUGAGUGUGGAAAAGCCUUCAGUCAGCUGUCUUGCCUUAUUGUGCAUCAGAGGAUUCACAGUGGAGAUCUUCCUUAUGUGUGUAAUGAGUGUGGGAAGGCCUUCACGUGUAGCUCAUACCUGCUUAUUCAUCAGAGAAUUCAUAAUGGGGAAAAACCUUACACAUGCAAUGAAUGUGGCAAGGCCUUCCGGCAGAGGUCAAGCCUCACUGUGCACCAGAGAACCCACACUGGGGAGAAGCCCUAUGAGUGUGCCAAGUGUGGUGCAGCUUUCAUUUCUAACUCGCACCUCAUGCGACACCACAGAACCCAUCUUGUUGAGUAACAAGUAUUUGUUACUCCAGACAUUGAUCAUAAUCCACUACACCCUAAUUGGACACGUCUUUGCUGUUACGUUCCUCUAAAAAUGAGGCCCACCAUAUUCUUAAAAGUAAGUUUUUGGGAGUGUAUCAUAGAACAUACACAUUUCAGAAGCUGACUUAAAGUGAAAGCUAAGCACCUAAAGGCAAGGACUGUUUUUUAACUGUCGUCAUGUUUGAAAUGGAAUGUGGCUUAGAAAUGGGUCAUACAAGGCUAAGUGAUAAAGAUCCUAUUUGAGAAAAGGUAUUUUAACUUAAUCUUGUUUUUUAAAAUUCAUAAUUUCUUGAGCAACAGGCAGGUUAUUGGUAUAGGUCUGCUUGGUGGAAUUCUGGAGCUUUGAAUCUUGUAUUCUAGUAUUUUGGGUUAAGAAGUAAUGACUAAGGAAACUACCUGGGGUAGCAAUUCACCAACAACUCACCUGUGAACAUUUAUAAGCUUUCCAUUCCUUCGGCAAUUUGAACAUUAAAAGAAAAAAAAAAACAUUAUCUGCUGCUCCUAAAAUAGAAGUAGGAAACAGCUGUUUCUUUUAAUUGUCUAUACCUCAUGAACCUUGGUAUGGUAAAGCUCUGGGGAGAUCUCAAGUCUUCCAUUCUGCAGUCUGUGUGGCCAAGCACUUGAGGAUUGAUGGUGACAAAACACUGGGGUCAUACAUGCUGCCAGGCAGUAUUCAUUUGCUAACAUCAGCUCUCCAAGUGACCCUAACUUCCGUUGCAUUCCAUUGGAGUGAGAUGCCUGUAACAGUCCCGUUCUCAGAUAGAGGAGUCAAAGAAUAAAGCUUGCUGAGAGGCAUGCCCAUAUUAUCUAUGCUCAUUCUGCUCAGGCCUAGCCAGGGGGCUCAGUUUGGGUGUCAUUCUCACUUUUUGGCUGGUCUUUAGAAGAAAUAAUGGAGUCCUAAUUUUAAGAGGACCAAAGAGGGAAAUACAGGGAGAGGAAGGAGGCAGAGUGGGACUCCUAAGGUCUUUAUUUUUUUGAGAAGCUCAAAGGUAUUGGAAUGUGAAAACUUAGAAAGAUGAAGAAACUGGCUAAGGUAAGAUAACCUUUAUUACCAUUGAGCCUUUAUUCCUGGAAAAAAUGAUUUAUAAAACUAUGCAAUAGGUAGAGCUAUGUAAUAUUGCCUUGUAUUUAAUAUAGAACUUAAUUCUUUGUUUAUACACCUUCAUGUAUAGAAUCAUAAUCCCCAGCACUUCUCUUAUGCUUUCACAUAAAUCCUUACUUUAAUCCUUAGAACACUGAAAGAAGUGUUUGCCCCAUUUAGUUGAGAGUGGUCAAACAACAAAGAACAGCCUACAUUCAAAUCCAGGACUUAAAUCCAGGUUCUCUGUUCUGCCAUGCUGUGUCUAACCACCCAGAUCUGCGGAGAGCCUGAGAAAGUGGUAUAUGGGUCAUUCUCAGGUGAGGAAGCUGAGGUGACAGAUUUUAGGAUGUGCCUUAGGCCAUGUGACCAAUAAGCAGCAAAUCUGAGACUGGAAUUUGAGUCUCCCAAGUUCUGGGUCUGUCUCUUCACCCCACUUAGUAAGCAAGAGCAUAUCAUAAAUGCCCUACCUGGUGAUAAGCUAUCUGAUGCAACUCAUGUAGAAGUCUCACCAUUGGGACUCUUACUGGCUCAUUUGUUCUGUAUUUUACAGAGCACUUUCAUGUACAGAAGGCAUAAACAAAGCUUAUUUCCUCUUUCUCCUCCCCUUGAACCAUAGUCUUUCAUCCAAGCAUGUGCACCACCUUUUCCCAGUUUGCAGUCUAAAUCAUACACAAUUCUAAGAAAUUAAUAGGAUUCAAAAGUGAGAAUCAAAAAUGCUCAUGUACUCACUGACCUUGAAAGUAACUGUUCCUGUCCCCCAGCUGGGAGUGGAGAGACCCAAAGAUAACACUUAUGUCUGCUGAGGAACAAGCUUAGGUUUUUCCCCCUUCAGGAUCAGGAAGCCCAGAAGAGAGGGAGAGCAGGUCUGAAGAUUGGGGAUAAAUCUGUGACCUGGACCUGUCCAGAGACCAAAAGUGUACUUUCCUGAAUGAUACCAGCUGGGUUAGGAUUCUUACGGCAGUUAAAUUGUUUUAGCUUCACAUUGUAUGUUCUUCCUCCUAUUUGAAUGUUUGUCAUGGGUGAUUGUGAUUUCCUGGCUAAAGAUUGCUGUUCAUAGGCAGUUCAGAAAAGGCUACGUAGGUGAUGGUGAUGCAAAGCUGGAUUUGGGAAUCACUGAACCAACCUUGCAGUGAAACAGUGGUAUUCACUUGGCUGCAUGUUAGAAUCACCUUGUGUACUUAAAAAAUUUUUUCAUUCCCAGGGCCAAGUAUUUUUUUUUCAAUUCUGGAGGGGAACCCAAUGUGUAACCAAGGUAAUGGCCAAUGCAGUCAAGUAAAGUCUGCAGACCACAAAUGCAUCUGAUCAAAGGUGGAGUGGGGAGGCCCUAGUAUAAGGAUGUGGAUGUGCAGAGUGCUCUGUGGUUUCAGCAAAACAGAAUGCUAACAACAUUGGCUGCACUGGAUGUCCUGUACCUUGGCUGUAAGGAUUGUGUUCCCUAACUUUAUUUGUAUUUUAAAUGAAUAUACCAAAUACUUUAUAUAUAUGAGCAAACCAAGUUUUAUGCAUUUAUAUUCCUCAUCCAACAAAAUGACUUUUUACAUUUGUACUUUAUUUCAUCUCCAUGGCUUGAUUUCCACAAACCUGCACACAGGUUCAGGACCUUCAAUCCUGCACAAAUCAUGUGAGCCUAGUGGAUUACCAGACAGACCAGAUCCUUACCCAACUAACAACUCUUACUUCUAGUUCAUUUCCAGUCCUCAGAAUAGAUUACCUGCCCUCCUUUUUCUGUAUGGUUUCGGGUAGAUGAGAAGUGACUACUACUAGUUGUCACCGUUGGCUUAGGUUCCUCUUUUCCUAGAGGUCAACUCCUUUCUCCCUUGGCUGUUAUUUCUAGAAGUGGAUGGGAACUCAAGCCCUGUUUCUUAAGUUGCCAAGAGCUAUCAGAGUUUUAGUUAUAAAAGAGCCAGGCCAAUUGAUGGGUAUUAAGAGUAGAGCCAGGAAGUCUCAAGUGAGUACAACAGUUGUGUAUUAAGGGGAGCACAGUGAUGUGAAAGUGAUAAUACAGUCUUGUACUUUGAGGGGCAUAGGAGAGACUCAUCAUUCACACACACACACACACACACACACACACACACACACACACACACACCCCUCAAUCGCCCAUGGAUUCCUCCAAGCUCAGGAAGAGGUCCUUGGGCAAAGCUAAUCUUAACUCUGUGUUCUGGGUCCCUUCCCUCCCUUGCCUAGGCAGUUGUCCUUUCACAUCUGUCACUUUGCUCCUCCAUCCAGUGUACUCAAUCUUCCUGGGCUCACAGCCCCGUUGAGGAUCUAAUGGAAGUUGCAGAUCCUCUUCCAAAGAAAUGCGGAUAGCACAUUCAGUUUUUUGCUCAUUUGUGGGGGCAUAUAGGCUCCCUGAGACCAGUUCUUGAAUCCUCUAGGGCCUAAAGUCACACUUGGGGAUGCACUACAUAAUUGCUGGUGGCAUUUUUUAAAAAUGAGGUCAGAAGUUAUGGAUGUUGCCCAAACACAACCUUCUAAAUCUUGCUUUUCCUGGAUUCCUUCCUUAAGCAAAUGACAGCAUUAUCCAGCACCCAAACUGGAAACUCAGGAGGUAUUUCUGGCUUUCUGUGUAUCAUUCUUUUGCUACAACAGUACUUUUCACUCUCUUUUUGGCAAACAUGGUGCUAGUUCCUGGAGUGCAAAGGCAAACAAGGCCUACCAAAUCCUUCUGAUGUUUCAUAGGAAACCUGUCCAUACCCUUUAACAUGAUUUACUAAGUCUUCAUAGUCUCUUUCCAACCUAAUCUCUCCACUUUCCAUGUACUUUUUACUGUAGCCUGGAGGUAUAUACUUGCUUUUCUCUGUGCCUUUGCUCACACUCUCCCCGGUGCUUAUUAUCAUCACUUCUUAUCCACCUCCUGUCUACUUUGCCUAGCUUUAGAUUUCUUUUAAGGUUUGAUUCCAGUCUCAUCUUUGGGAGCCCUCUGAUUGCCCUUUAGCAAGUAUAUAUUUAGAAGUAUGGAAGAGCAUAUGGUAUGUUUCCACUUUAUGCUUUAAAGUGAAAAAAUGGAUUCAUAAUUGUGUAUAUAGUACAGUUCUCAUAUAAUGUUUCAUAUACUAUGUACUGUUAAAAAGUAAUUGAUAAAUUGCCUGAAGGAAAUAUAAGAAAAUGUUGUUAAGUGGUUAAGUGAUAUAUUCACAGCCAUACAAAUGGUAAAUUGCAGAACUUAGGCUCAAACCCGGUCCUAUAGAUUAUAGAAUUAUGGGUGAUUAAAAGUCAUUUUUUUCUUUUUAAGUAAUUUCCACAUUUUCUAUAAGGAACAAGAAUUUUAUAAUCAGGAAAAAAAUUAUAUUUACAUAUACUUAUUUUAUGUAUUAACUAUAAACAGUAUUUUAAUUCUGUAUUUUAAGAUGUGGGAUAUACCCUGCCAUUUCUUUCUCCUUUCCUAUCCAUCUCUCUGCCUCUGACAAUGUCAAGUCUGAAUCUUGAACUCUAUUCUGUAACCAUAGUUAGUCUUUUAUGCUUUAUUGAUUUGUUCUAAAAAUUGAAAAUAAACAGCAUGAAUGUUA